AUAUAUAUCUAGAGAAAGAAAGCUUUAGAGAGAAAGUUUGAGAGAGAGAGAGAGAGAGGAACAUGAGAUUUGUUGAAUAAAUUCACGAGAGGAAGGAAGAUAAAAGAAAAAGGAAAGCAGUUGAGAACAAUAACAUGGGCUUAUCGCAUGUUUGCUUCACGCAAGCAGCUAAAUGUGGGGGUUAAGCCUUUGCUCUCUCGCGUGGCUUUAAAGACUUCUUCUAUCCUUUUAUAUCACAACCCAUUAAAAAACUAACCAAAAAACCCACACCCACCAAACCCUAAAACUCCUCCUCCUCCUCUUCCUCCUCCUCCUCUCCUCCUUCUCCUCCCCUUUUCAAGUACUACGUACCCCACAAACCCUAAUUAUGUUAUAAUCAUACCCAAAGAAGAAAGGAGAAAAAGAAAGAGAGAGAGAGAGAGAAUCAAAAACAAAUGAGUGCAAACCCUACUAGUAGUGGCGGAAGCAGCGGCGGCGGAAGCGGUAGCGGCGGCGGUGGAGGGCCAUGCGGUGCGUGCAAGUUUUUGCGGCGGAAGUGUGUGCCGGGGUGUAUAUUUGCGCCUUACUUUGAUUCGGAGCAAGGAGCAGCCCAUUUCGCAGCUGUGCACAAGGUGUUUGGGGCGAGCAACGUGUCCAAGCUUCUUCUCCAUAUUCCUAUGCAUAAGCGGCUUGAUGCGGUGGUAACAAUAUGUUAUGAAGCGCAGGCUCGGCUUAGAGAUCCUGUAUACGGCUGCGUUGCUCACAUCUUUGCUCUUCAACAACAGGUGGUGAAUUUACAAGCAGAGCUCUCGUACUUGCAAGCCCACCUUGCAACAUUAGAGCUACCAUCACCGCCACCCGCUCCACCGCCUCCAACAGCGAUGACACCACCACCACUCUCCAUCGCGGACCUCCCUUCAGCCUCUGUCAUGCCUGUCACGUAUGAUUUGUCAUCACUUUUCGAUCCCAUGGUGCAACCCUCGUGGGCCAUGCAGCAGCGCUCCAUGGAUCCACGUCAAUUAGGAGGCGGCGGUUCAUUGUCGGGUGGUGGCGGCGAUCUCCAAGCAUUGGCACGAGAACUCCUCCAUAGACAUGGGUCUGCACCCCCCGGAUCCACUUCUUCAACGUCUCCAUCUCUCUCCAAAUUAGACUGACCUCAGUGGGUUCGUGUUGAUCAAAUGCAUGCUAGGAAGAGAUCGAGGGCUUAAUUUCCAUGUUAUAAUGGGCAAGUAAUUUUAGUAACUGAGCUAUAUUAAUUCCGUUUUAUUUUUAAAAAGUACUAGUGAAAUUCAAAUUACUUUAUUCA